GUAUGAAGGCAAACGAUUUCUAUUUUUACAAAUGACCAGCCUGAUAUCUAAUAAAGUCUUAGAUGUUUAAACGUUUCCUUAAUCCCUUCAACUUAUUUUUAAAAGAUUUUUCAGGGAUGGCAUCCGAUGGAAGUAUUAUUGUUCACAAAAACACUAAAAACCCAACUAAAGCUUGGACAGAACUGUCAUUGAAACAAACUGUGGACAAGGGAAUGCCAUUAAAGCCUGACACACCCAUCACUGAAGAUAAAUUGAGGGUGGUUUGUAUAUCAGAUACACAUUCAAAGAUAGAGAUACACCCUGAAAUUGUCCCAGAUGGUGACAUUCUGAUACACGCAGGAGAUUUCACAAAUGUUGGACUUGCCAAUGAAGUCAAAACCUUUAAUGAUUUUCUAGGUACAAUGAAGCAUCCAGUGAAGAUAGUUAUAGCCGGGAACCAUGAUCUAACCUUUGAUGAUGAUAUGGUAAAGAAUGGAAGGGAAAAUCUCAAAAAAAUGUUUGGUGUUUCUGAAAAAGGUUUUGAGCAGUUGUUGGUAAAAUAUGGUGUACAGAAUGUGAAAGAACUGAUGACAAAUUGUGUAUAUCUUGAAGAUGCAGGGAUAGAUGUGUGUGGUGUUUAUAUAUAUGGUUCACCAUGGCAACCAAGAUUCUGUGACUGGGGAUUCAACCUUGACAGAGGGCUGGAGUGUUUAAAGAAAUGGAAUCUUAUACCAGAAAACACUGAUAUACUAGUGACCCAUGGACCACCUAUAGGUCAUGGUGACAUGUGUUUUGAUGGAUUUAGGGCAGGCUGUGUGGAACUUUUGAGCACAAUACAGAAAAGAGUGAAGCCAAAAUACCAUAUAUUUGGACAUAUUCAUGAAGGUUAUGGUGUAACUACUGAUGGCCACACAACAUACAUCAAUGCAUCAACAUGUACUUUACGUUACAAACCAGACCAUGAACCUAUAGUGUUUGACUUUCCUAUACCAGAAGGACAUGUGAAAGACGAAUUACUUAAAAUAACUCCACAGAGAUUGAUAAGGUCUUAACAAUAGACAAGUGUCCUCCCCCAUUCCCGCCUAAUUUCUUCCCUGGUUUGCACCCUGUCUCCAACUCCAGGGUCUGAGAUCCUACAAACAUAAGAUUAGGAUUCAACAUCAUACAAUGAAGACUUCGAAAUUGUGCUAAACAGAAUAUCAGUUUUUGUUUAUUUCUAUUCAAACUGAAAUUAAAUCUUAUAUCGUCACCUUGGUGCAGUAACGGGUCAAGUCCUUCUAAAUUUAAUAGGAGUUAACCAGUUAAUGCACUAAGAUGACAAUAUGCAAAAAAAAAAUAUUAAACACUUGCUGCUGUUACAUACUGGAAUAUCUGGCACUCAAAGCACUGAUUAAUGGUAACUUGGCAGAGCCUUGUUAUUGACCCUCCUGCCAAAUAUUUUAAUCUGCACUGGUAGCUGAUGUAAGAUUGUUACAAAAAUAUAUUGCUUUAUGAAGUGUAACAAAUGAACUUUGAACAGCCUAUGUGAUCUCCUUAAUAAAAUGUAAAUCAUUAUUGGAUGCAAUCUUAUCAAAUUAGCCUCGUACAAAAAUUCCAUGUCAUAGCACUAUUGUAUUGCAUAUCAAAUCACUAUUGUACUAUAUCUAACCAUAUUUUAAUUUUUCAAGUCCAAGAAAGUCAUAUUAAAUCCUUAUUGUACUAUAAGUAACAAAGUUUUGUCAAAAUGUUACAAAUUUAGUGAUUCGUAAUAAAGAUACAAAACUGAAUUCUACUGGACAAGAACAUAGCUGUCAAACUUAUAUUGGACGAGGUGCUAUGUAUGAGUCCAAUAGAACUCAGUAUUGGACUCGACAACAUAUAACAGUCCUGGCUUUAAUUUUAUCAGUCAUGAGUAUGAAUAUUUUCACAUUGAAUCAAUAUUGUUGAAAUGGUAAACGGGUAUUUUAUGUCUUAUAUCAGUUGUAAUCAAACCAAUACAAUAUUAUCACUUGUUGACCUUUGUAUAUAUGUGAAUAUAAUAAAUAUUACCCAAUAUUUCAUUGUAUGUAAAUUGAAUUAACCUCUUAGCUCUGUGAUAAAUUUCAACUGUU